AUGGGCAAGGCUGAUUUCGGCUCGGCCAAGUACCAGGCCAAGCAGCUCAAAGCCCUGGGGCUCCAGAAAUUGCGCUACUACUGCCAGCUCUGUCUGAAGCAAUGCCGCGAUGCCAACGGGUUCAAAAACCAUCUCGCGUCGCCGUCCCACACGGGCCGUAUUUCCAACUUGAGCACUGCGGGCAGGGCCCAGGACGUCAUUGCACAGUACCUGCUGCAAUUCGAAGCGGAGUUCUUGCGGCUUUUGCGCGUGAACCACGGCACCAAGAAGAUCAGUGCCAACAAGUUCUACCAGGAGUACAUCUUGCACGACAAGGACCACGUGCAUAUGAACGCCACACGCUGGAGCUCGUUGACUGCAUUCAUCAAGCAUUUGGGGCAGUCUUCCAAAGUGCGUGUGGAAAUCCCGGAGGACGCAGACGACGAAUUCAACCUAUUCAUCCGACUUGUUGACCUGCCUUUGGAAACACUGGACGGCCAUAGGGCCCGAGCUUUGCAGACUGAGGAGGAACGGCUGAUGAAGUUUUUAGACGCGCAGAUUGAAAAGGGCAAGCAGUUGCAAAGCGAGGCGGCGCCGUCGCCUGAGCCUGCUCCGGUUGUGCCUGUGGCGACUGGUCCGGUGGCCAUAUCUCUCCGGGGCGUGCGCAUGAAGAAACCCCCAAAAAAACUGGCGUUUGGAUCUCAGAGCGAUGAUGACGAUGAGUAG